AUGAGAGUCCUCGAUCCCCAGUCCGCACUGCUUACAACUUCCGAAGUGCAUCAAUUCCUCUCUCAGAACCCGCCCCGGCCCCCACCACGGAAGAUCGGCUCCUACAAGCAGGUCAAUUUGAAGGACUAUGAGCGCUUGCGAGACGAUUUUGAGCAUUAUGUCACGAAUACGGUCCCUUUCAUUGCCAGAUACCCUCCCCCAGAGACGUUCAUCAAAAAUGUCGUGCCUAGAUUACACGCAUUUGGGUUAACAAAGACCGAAGCCCUCGGGUUGAUCAAUCUGGGAUUGGGAUUGCCGAGGGGACAACAGCAGCAGCAAAAUGCUGAUGAAGAUGAUCAAGCACAAGAUGUCAACGGCGAGGGUGAUAACAACGAUGAUGUUGAUGACCAUGCCCCCGCUGACGGUGUCGACGGUCAAAUCCCUGCAGAGGGAGAAGAACAGCCAGAACCCGACGACCGGCAAUUUCUUUCUCUCGUGAUAGAAGAGCUGGAGGAACGAUUUCCCGGUGAAGAAGGCGAGGCGCAGGUUCAGCAGAUAUUGGAGACUAUGCGGGAGGAAUACAACCGGGCACACGCAGCGCACGCUUCAGCAAAUGGUGACACGAAGAACUGA